AUGGCGCAACAAAGAUUAAUCGAUACCACCCCCCGCGUCCGCAAAAAACCCAUGCGCAUCCUCGUGCUAGGCAUGUGCCUGUGCGGCACACCAACCAUCAGCCUCGCCCUCCGCAAACUAGGUUUCACCCCCCACCAAAUGCGCUCCGUGCUGUCCAACCCCUCCGACCUCGCUCUCUGGCAAGAAGCAAUAAACCUCACUUUACUCCCACCCCAAGACCGACCUGCGCACCAACGCAACCAAGCCGCCUAUGGGAAAGAUGACUUUGACAAACUCCUCUCCGACUACGACGUCGUCGCCGACAUUCCUGGCUGUCUUUUCGCCAAAGAGUUGGUAGAAGCGUAUCCCGAUGCCAAAGUCAUCCUCACUUUACGCAACUAUGCGGAUUGGGAGAACAGCAUGCGAGAGAGUCUCUGGUGCCUGGAUACUUGGCGCUUGUUUACUUUCUGUCGCCAGUUCAACUUGACGCAACUUGCGCCGCUGAUGCAGCUGGUGCAUUCGGCGUUUAAGGCGCAUAGUGGGAAUCAGUAUGGUGGGCCGGCGGCGAAAGCGGCGUAUGAGAGGCAUUAUGAGGAAGUGAGGAGUGUGGUGCCGAAAGAGCGGCUGUUGGAGAUUGAUAUGGAUGGGGAGGUGGGAUGGGAGAGCCUGUGUGGAUUUCUAGGGACGGAGGUGCCGAAGGAGGGGUUUCCGGUUGUGCAGGAGGAGAAGGCCAUGCGGAGGGGGUUGGAGAGUGCGUGGUGGGGUAUGGUGCAGUAUUUUGUGCUGUUGAUUCUGUUGCCGGGGUCGGUGGUUGUUGGAUCGUACUUUCUGUUCGUGUAUGCGGAUGUGCUGAGGGGAUAUAGGGAUAUGGUACUUUUGAUGGUGAAGAAGUAUAUGGAUACUGGGGAGUGGUAG